AUGACGUUUCUCUUCGCUCUCUUGCUUUGUUGGAUUAUUUCCGUCUUCUUUGAAGCAAUCGAGUCUUUUCUCAUCCCCAACAUCCCGUUACCUCCACCUCACUUUCCUCCAUCUCAAACUGUCUCAAUCCGUCAACACGACGUCCCGAUACCCUCAUCUCCUUUCCCUCUCUUCCUAGUCCCAUUCGUCCCGUUAAGGAGAAUUAUUGACUUUAUGAAGGCCGAUGCAUUAGUGUCUCUAUCUUUUUGCUCCCGGAAAAGUCACUCUGUCAUCAAAACUCAACGAAGAGCACCAUUCGAUGGACGCCUCUGUGUUUCGGGGCCAAACAGAAAUGUCAUGUUUUAUUCAGUCAAAAAUCUCACUCGUGUGUUGCGUGCCGCCAAUUAUUUGCAUUUUUCCAAUUCUGACAAAAAUAAUUAUGUAAAAAUGAACGGGCAGUACGUUCCAGUGGAAGUUCACCGUUAUAGUGGAUAUCUUAUUUCGUACUCUGACAACACAAUGAAUGGGUUAAAGGCUAUCACUGAGUAUGUGACGGAUCUGUUCAAUUUGGAUGUAGCCGUACUCAAGAUCAAUAGAGAGUCAUUUCAUCUGAUUGAGUGGAUGAAUAGUAGACAGAAAACUCCAUUGAAAAAAGUCGUUCACCUCGGCUGGAGAAGCAGAUCAACAGAAGAUGAAAUGUAUUAUAUUCUGAGGCAUUGUCGGUGUUCAUCUGAAAUACGAAUCCACUCAGAGGCUCCACCCAACUUCCGUUUAUCGGAAAAAUUCCGACAAAUCGAUUGCUUAGUUAUCUGGCAUGGACAAUGGGUGACACUUGACAACCUAUUGACAAUGGAUGGAAUUGAUAUUAUUUUGGAAAAGUCUACCCUCACUAACACUGAUUUAAAUGUCUUUCUGAAGCACUGGCUGACUGGAGGGUGUCCUCGAUUGAAACUAUUCUGGGCCAACACCGGUUCCGUGGAUCUCUUUCAAGUACUUGCUGGUCUACUGGAUAACGCAGUUUUUGUGGAGGAUCGUCGUGACUAUACCAGCCCCUUCGGACACAAAUGGAUUUUGUGGGAUGGAUAUGACAUCCAACGUUCGGAUGGUGUGACAGCUACAGUAAACUAUCUGCCACCGAGAACCUUAGUUAUUGCAGUUUGGCCAGAGACCACUCAUAAUUCUAAUUAA